AUGCGAAAAAGCCCGAACAGCCUGUCGCCGAUUGCGAUCCUACCGAACACACCGCCACCGGCGCGCAUCUUCGCGCAACCGGAAACUCCAACCACCCCCCUGACGGAUGGCACCCUGUCGCCCGCCACCGACCCAUCGUGUGGGGCACCGGUGGUGGUGGAACUGCCGGCACCGCUCGCCCGACCGUCCUCGAUACGGAGCGCUUCCGGUUCCGGGCCACAGUUGCGCUUCAGUAGCCUGCUGGAUCCGGGUGACAUAACGCCCAUCACCUCCCCGCUGCCAAGCGUCACGUCCGGCCAGGCGGAUGGAUCGAUCUACACGAUCUUUGGUGCGGAAAGCGCAACCGCACCGUCCGGCAACCGGCGACGCAGCUCGCUGUUCCUGUCCAACAGUGCCAGUAACGGUAGUGCCACCAGUGCCACCCCAGCAUCGGGGGGUGGCUUACUGCCAGCGGCCACGAACGGGUCGGCUGUAAACUGUAGCAGUAUUAGCACGAGCCUCAGUCAGCCCCCGGUGGCUACCAGUGUCAGUGCCUCCCAUGCCAACAGUGCCAGCGCGAAAUCGCGCUCCCGUCGUUCAUCGGAGCUGUCGCAACAGAACUCGAUGAAGUCGCAUGCGUCCGUCAGCAGCAGCUCGCGCAAACGUAGCUCCCAGGCUCACAUCGAACUGAAUGGACCACCAGUGCGGGAUCGGCCCCGAUGUCUCAAAUCCUCGUUUCUGCGCCGCAAAUGCAAAGAGUAUGCAGAUGAUGACGAUGCCACAACAUCAGGCAUUACGCUGGAUGACUCCGAUAAACGCGUGAUACGGCUAAAUGAACCGCAAGCCCAAAAGUACUGUAACAAUCAUAUCUCAACCGCUAAAUAUAGUGUUCUUAGUUUUCUACCUUCGUUCCUGUUCGAGCAGUUUCGGCGGUACUCGAACUGCUUUUUUCUGUUAAUUGCACUGUUGCAACAGAUACCGGACGUGUCACCAACCGGUCGCUAUACUACGCUCGUGCCACUUAUGUUUAUCCUCGCGGUGAGCGCAAUCAAGGAAAUCGUUGAAGACGUCAAGCGACAUCGAGCGGAUGAUGAAAUAAACCACCGCUUGAUCGAGGUACUGCUAAAUGGCCAGUGGCACACGAUCAAGUGGCAGGAGCUGUCGGUCGGCGACAUCGUUAAGGUGCUUAACAACACCUUUUUCCCUGCCGACCUGGUGCUGCUGUCCUCCAGCGAACCGCAGGGUAUGUCCUUCAUCGAGACAUCCAACCUAGACGGUGAAACGAACCUGAAGAUUCGGCAAGGUGUUCCGGCCACGGUUAAGAUACUGGAGACAAAGGACUUCAGCCAGUUUCGCGGCACGCUCGAGAGUGAACCACCGAACCGGCAUCUGUACGAGUUCAAUGGCGUGCUGAAGGAACACGACAAACAAGCGGUAGCGCUUGGGCCGGACCAGCUGUUACUGCGAGGUGCCAUGCUACGUAACACCGCCUGGAUAUUCGGAAUCGUUAUCUACACCGGUCACGAUACGAAACUUAUGCGAAACUCUACCUCUGCGCCAUUGAAGCGCUCAACCGUUGACAGACUGACAAACACGCAAAUUUUAAUGUUAUUUUUCAUUCUGAUCAUGCUGUGUAUCGUGAGUUGCAUUUUCAACCAAAUUUGGACGAACGAACAUUUUAAGAAGGACUGGUACUUAGGCAUCGGCAAUCUUUUGAACAAAAACUUCGCCUACAAUCUGCUUACGUUUAUUAUUCUGUACAACAAUUUGAUUCCAAUAUCGCUACAAGUUACGUUAGAACUGGUUCGAUUUCUACAGGCAAUCUUCAUCAACAUGGACAUCGAUAUGUACCACGAAGAGUCGGAUACACCGGCUAUGGCGCGCACUUCAAACCUUAACGAGGAGCUUGGAAUGGUGAAAUACGUGUUCUCCGAUAAAACCGGCACGCUGACACGGAACGUGAUGGAGUUCAAAAAGUGCAGUGUGGCGGGCGCGAUUUACUCGGUCGAGGAAACGCCUGCCCAGUCUCGUUUGGUACAGAACAUCCUCAAUAAUCAUCGCACGGCACCUACCUUACGCGAAUUCCUAACACUGAUGGCAAUUUGUCAUACAGUGAUACCGGAAAAGCAGCCCGGAGACAGUAUGAACGAUAUUCAAUAUCACGCUGCUAGUCCGGACGAACGAGCCCUAGUUUAUGGUGCUAAAAAAUUCGGUUACGUGUUUUACACUCGCACACCAACAUACGUCGAGAUCGAAGCACUGGGCGUGCAGGAACGGUUCGAGAUACUUAAUGUGCUGGAGUUCACAUCCACCCGAAAACGGAUGUCGGUAAUAGCCCGCAACUCCAAGAGCGAAAUCAAGCUGUAUUGCAAAGGAGCAGAUACUGUUAUUUACGAGCGAUUAGCACCGGAUGGUGUGGCAUACCGUGAGUCUACCCUGAGCCACCUGGAGGAGUUCGCCACCGAUGGUCUGCGUACGUUGUGCUGCGCAGUAUCCGACAUUCCGGACGAUGUGUACGAAGACUGGAAGCACACCUACCACAAGGCGUCAACAUCUCUACAGUAUCGUGAGCAGAAAGUAGAAGAUGCUGCUAACCUGAUUGAAACGAAUCUACGACUCCUGGGAGCUACAGCGAUCGAGGAUAAGCUUCAGGAUGGUGUGCCAGAAACGAUCGCUUCGUUGCUCGAGGCGAAAAUCAAUGUGUGGGUGUUAACUGGAGACAAACAAGAAACGGCUAUCAACAUCGGUUACUCCUGUCAGCUGUUGUCCCAUUCAAUGGAUUUAAUUUUGUUGAAUCAGGAUUGUUUGGAUAACACACGCAACUGCAUACUUGAGCACACUACCAAUGGUCGGUAUGAUAAUAUGGGCCGUAAAGAUGCCGCAUUGAUAGUGGACGGAAAAACGCUGAAGUACGCUCUCAGCUGUGAUUUGCGACGCGAAUUUCUGGAACUUUGCCUCAACUGCAAGGUCGUAAUUUGUUGUCGUGUCUCGCCAAUUCAGAAAGCUGAGGUGGUGGAACUUGUGACGACAACCACAAAAUCGGUAACAUUGGCUAUCGGUGACGGGGCGAACGAUGUGGCGAUGAUACAGAAAGCAAAUGUCGGUGUCGGUAUUUCGGGUGUGGAAGGCUUACAAGCGGCUUGUGCGUCCGAUUAUUCGAUUGCUCAGUUCAGCUACCUUCGAAAGUUGCUGUUGGUGCAUGGAGCCUGGAACUACAGCCGAAUGUGCAAACUAAUUCUGUACAGCUUUUAUAAAAACAUCUGCCUAUACGUGAUAGAGCUGUGGUUUGCAAUGUAUUCCGGAUGGUCUGGUCAAAUAUUGUUUGAACGAUGGACAAUCGGUUUAUACAACGUGUUUUUUACUGCGCUACCACCGUUUGCUAUGGGGCUGUUCGAUAAAGUAACUUCGGCGGAACAGAUGUUAAAAGAACCAAGACUUUAUGCACCGUCACAAAAUGCCAAACUAUUUAAUGUAAAAGUGUUCUGGCGCUGUAUUGUGAAUGCACUAUGUCAUUCAAUGAUACUGUUUUGGUUAUCGUACAAGAUCUACGAGAAGGAUGUUAUUUGGAAAAACGGCCGAGACGGUGGAUAUUUAGUGUUAGGCAACAUAGUGUACACGUACGUAGUCGUGACGGUGUGUUUGAAGGCCGGUCUGCUUACCAACUCUUGGACCUGGCUGACACAUUGUUCCAUCUGGGGCUCGAUACUGCUGUGGUUUAUAUUUAUUUUCAUUUACAGCAACAUUUGGCCAGCAUUACCAGUAGGCGCGGUGUUCACGGGUAUGGAUAAUAUGGUCUUCACUACGCCAGUGUUUUGGGGUGGUCUGUUACUUAUUCCAAUUUCCGCACUACUGUUUGAUAUUACCUGGAAAGCGUUUAGAAACUCUCGAAAGGAUAACAUCUUAACACCACCAAUGAAGGAAUCGAGAUCUUCAUUAACCGAAACCGCACGGCUUCUGCGAAACGUACGACGGGUCUUCACCGGAAGAUCACACACGACCGAAAAUAAAGAACUUGAAUUAAAGCACGGAUAUGCCUUCUCGCAGGAAGAGGGUGGCUCGGUGACGCAAACGGACGUCAUCCGGGCGUACGAUACGAAUCUGCCAAAGCCGGACGGAAACUGAGUGUGUCCCGGGUGCGCGUACUGCUACGACAGCUACUA